UUAUAGAGAACGAAAUUCACGAUGUCCAGUUGCUACUGUAAAUUUUCUUCGUCUCUUACCUUAAGAACUGCUUGCUAAACGGCAAAGAGAUCCUAUAUUGUAGGCUCAGCCGCUCACUCUCAUUAAUUAUCGCUUACUAUUAAGCAAUACCCUCGUUUCGAUUUAUGUUUACCAGACUGGCUUCGGUUUUUAUCUGUUGAACUCUCACUCCUUAAAAUGAAGCCAGCAACACUCGCUCUUCUUCUCAGCCCUGUGGGCAUUGUAGCCAGGCCCUGUGGUGGCCAUCGUUCUCAAACGGCAUCAAGUACUGUUUCUUCCGCAGCAUAUAUUGCCACUACAGCAUCAUCUACAGAUACUCAGCCUACUUUGGCAUCAUCUAUCGCUUCUAUUACCCCUACUUCCGUCCCACAAGUCACUCCUUCUGCCACGCCAUCCACCAGCGAGCAGGUUAGCUCCUCUACGACGACCUCCGCUGCCCCGACGUCUACUCAAGGCGGUGGUCCAUCAUCAGACAGCAUCGACGAGCUUUUCAAGGCGAAGGGAAAGCUUUAUUUUGGCACAGCUGCCGACUCCGGCACCUUAUCCAAGUCCCAAAAUGCCGCUCUCAUUAAGAAAGACUUUGGGCAAGUAACUCCUGAGAAUAGCAUGAAAUGGGAUGCUAUCGAACCGACUCGUGGCGGAUUCAGCUUCGGCGGCGCCGACGCGCUCGUAAACUUCGCCGUGAAGAACGGCAAGAGUAUUCGCGGUCACACGCUGCUCUGGUACCAGCAGCUGCCGGACUUCGUCAAGGCCAUCACGGACAAACAGGAGCUUACCAGCGUUAUCGAAAAUCACAUUAGCACCAUCGUCGGAAGAUACAAGGGCAAGAUUCGGGCUUGGGAUGUCGUGAACGAAAUCUUCAACGAGGACGGUACCCUUCGCGACUGCGUCUUCACUAAGGUUUUAGGCGAGGACUUUGUCCGUAUCGCCUUCGAAGCGGCGCACAAGGCGGACCCCGACGCUAAGCUUUACAUAAACGAGUUCCAUCUCGAGAGCGGUACCUCUGCCAAGACUACCGCCAUGUUCGAGAACGUCAAGAAGUGGCUUGCCGCUGGCAUUCCGAUCGACGGUAUCGGCCUCCAAGGCCACCUGGGUGGUGGCAACCCCAGCGCCAGCGGAAUGCAAGCCGGGUUGGAGAAGCUUGCCACCACCGGCGUAAAGGAACUUGCCAUUACCGAACUAGACAUCGUCAACGCGCCGGUCGACGAGUAUGUCACGGUCACCAAAGCUUGCCUUGCCGUCGAGAAGUGUGUUGGAAUCACCCUAUGGGGUGUGAGCGACGCCGAUUCGUGGCUAUCAAAGAGCUCACCGCUCCUUUUCAAUACCAGCUAUCAACCUAAGCCAGCCUAUGAUGCUAUUGUUAAAGCUCUCUCAUAGGUUAGCUCCAAAAACCAAGUAAGAAGAGCUCAUCACGCUCUUCGCAUAAUGGCAAAACAUCUUAUACGCUCUAAUAACCCCUGACUAUAAUAAUGGAAGCUGGAAGGACACGUUACCGAUGAAUCUUUGAGUGUAUUAUAAUAAUUGCUCAUAUAUAAUAAUAAUGCUACCUCCCGUAAAGCAA